AUGUCUGAGAAUUCUGUUACGCCGUCUCGCGGUUCAGGGGGUCGCGCGGGGAUCUCAAAGAUCAGUGACGGUUUGCAGCGCAUGUUAGCUAGCGGCGAAAGAAGCGAUAUCCAGUUCACGGUGGGACGGCUGUAUGGUGCCGAGAAGAUUUUUCCCGCUCACGGACUCAUCAUGGGUGUUCGUAGUUCUGUGCUUCAUGCUGCGUUGGAUAAAAUGUUCUCUGGAACUGUCGGAGGAAGCUACACAGCUCAUAUCGACUUGCCUGAUGUUCAUCCCGAGGCCUUCGCGAACAUGCUCAGCUACAUCUACACUGAUGAUGUGAAGAAUCUCUCCUUGGAUAACGCUUUCCACACUCUACGCUGCGCAGACAAGUAUGGCUUGCCGUUACUGGGAGCCAUCUGCACCAACUUCAUUCUGAAUCAGAUCAGAACCGACAGUUGUCUCGAUAUGUUGGAUACGGCAGUUCGAUACGCCAAUGCUGCACCCUGCGUCCUGGAGAAGUGUCUGAGUCUGAUUGACAAAUCAACAAAAACUGUCUGGGAAUCAGAUCAGUUCUGUGAGAUUGGAGAAGAGGCGCUCCGCAUCAUUCUCCAACGGGAUACGCUGACCGCCAGCGAAGACACAAUUUAUUCCGCAGUUGAUAAGUGGGCUGCACAAAUGUGCAUACGGAGGAACAUGGACGCUUCCUCCGCCAAUCGGCGCAAAAUAUUGGGCCAGACUUUCUUUCUCCUCCGUUUUCCGCUCUUGACUGAUGCUCAUCUGAUGGAUGGACCGGUGAAGAAUGGUCUGCUGCUGCAGUCGGAAGGAUGGGACAUCUACCGCUUUAAGCACGCUACCGUCAAACCGGAGCUGCCGUUCCCUACGGAACCCCGACAAAGUACCCGCGUAACAACGCUUUAA